UUGCAAAAGCGUCGGAGGUCCAGGACAGCGAGCAUAAUAAUAAUGUACGAUGUAGGGGCCUCCAGUCUCCAGGGAAAAUAUUGCUAGUGGUAGCUUAUGGGUUCUGUUUUGCGUAAAUUAGAUCAAGACUUCCUCCAGUCCAGGUACAUCUGAAUCCUGAAUGUGAGAAGUUGUAGAGCAGAAGGAAUCAUCAGUCGUCAAAAAAUUGGUAGGUCGGAAUAUUCAAUUGAUCGCCUCAUUGGUUACCUUUGAUUGAGAGAAAGGAUGCAGGCAUGCGACUAAGUAUUUGUGAGUUGUGUGGGGUUGAGGGGGGGGGCUGUGUCUGUCUGUCUGUCUCGGCCCCAUUCCAUAUUUCCAUUCUCUUCAUCUCACAAAAAAAAAAUCACAGCUCGCAAUGCAAAAUGCAGUAGCAGUAGUACGUAGAGUCUGAGAGCCAGUCCACCCACUCCCUCUCUGUGUUGGGUUGCCAUCUAAUCCGUUUGUCUGUCUGUCCAUUUGUGUGUCGAUACAGUAAAAGACAACCAACCUUAUGUUAUGAACUUAUGAUAUGCCAAAACGAAAACAAAUUGAAUACCAAAAUCAGAACCCCAACUCUUCUUUUUAAUCUUUUCGUCUUCUAAUGAAAAAGGAAAAAAGUUAUUUGAUCCGACUGACUAGGUGGUUCCAUCCAUCCCUCUCGAAAAAACAUCCCCCAAACUACUUUUGUGUAAAUGUGCUCUUCUUCUUCUUCUUCUUCUUGUAAACUGGAGUGGUAGUAACAACAUUGAAAUUCUACUAGCAGUAUAUACUCAAUUAGAUAGAUGCUAGCAUAUACUAACUCCGCACCAUCCACCCAAAUUGCUUACUAAUCGAUCACAUUUCCAGUUCCUCCCCCCCCAAAAAAAAAAACCCCCCUAGGGAGUAAUUAAUUUAGCAGCAAAAAAAAAAAAAAAAAGAGUAGUGAGGGGACUGCUAUGGUAGCAGCAUCGAUAGCACCGCACAUGAGAAUGAGUGGGCUUUUCCGAUCCAAGUCUUGCACCCUCCCUCCCUUCAUCCCCACCCCCACCGCUCCUCCUCCUUCCCAUGAUGACUCUUUAGGCAUCCUCAGACCAACAUCCCCUCCUACCCCUUCUCGCUACCCCCACCACCACGAGGACGAAGACGACGAAAAAGAAGAAGAAGAAGAAGAAGAAGACGACGACGACUACUACCAAGACAGGGUGGAAGAGGAGGAUGGAUAUUUCCUGGUCAAAAAGAAUCACAGCCCUGCUACGACGCCAUUUAUUGGGUUGGAAGAGCGCAGGAGCAGCAGGAGACACAAGACCUGCAGUAGCACCAGUCGUCAUCAUCACCGUGGUGAUCCUGAUGAUGGUCAGUUUCCUCCCGGGGGAUUACUGGCCAUUGUGGUCGCGGCUCUGAGGAAGUCUCUGCUGGUCACGUGUAGCGGUCUUGACCUUGACACCGAUGCUGCUGAUGACGUCUCCUCCUCCAACCACCUCGACAUUGGCUGGCCCACCGACGUCCGCCACGUCUCCCACGUCACCUUCGAUCCCUUCCAUGGCUUUCUCGGCUUGCCCCACGACCUCCAGUAUCAUCUUCCCCGCGGCAACAUCGUCCCCAGCGCCAGUGCAAGUGUAUUUGGAGUCUCAGCCCAGUCAAUGCAGUGUUCUUAUGAUCACAGAGGAAACAGUGUCCCGACAAUUCUUCUGAUGAUGCAAAAUCGUUUGUACUCAGAAGGCGGCCUAAGAGCUGAAGGAAUAUUCCGAAUAAAUGCAGAGAACAGUCAAGCAGAAAAUGUUCGAAACCUGUUGAAUAAAGGUGUUGUCCCAUGUGGCAUCGAUGUCCAUUGUUUGGCAGGCUUAAUAAAGGCUUGGUUUAGAGAACUCCCCACUGGGGUUCUUGAUUCUCUGACUGCAGAACAAGUGAUGCAUUGCAACACGGAAGAAGAGUGCACACAACUUGUGAAAUUACUUCCUCAGACCGAAGCUGCAUUGCUUGAUUGGGCAAUCAAUUUGAUGGCAGAUAUUGUGGAUUUUGAACAUUAUAACAAAAUGAAUGCACGGAACAUUGCUAUGGUGUUUGCUCCAAAUAUGACUCAGAUGGCCGACCCAUUAACUGCAUUAAUUCAUGCUGUCCAAGUUAUGAACUUCCUGAAGGCACUGAUAAUCAAAACUCAGAGAGAGAGAGAAGAAUCUGCUUCCAGGAUUACUUUACUAUCAUCGGCUACUCAUUCGCCGACCCACAAGGACAUAUAUUCCUCAGACUCAGGUGUAUUGAUACAAUGCCACCAGGGCCUUUAUGGCCAUUGCAGCGAGGGAUCUGGCACUAGUGAACUUUUCAGAAGCGGGACUUCUGACCACAUAGAAUCUGCCAGAGCAGAUCAGCGGAACUUCAAAAGUAAGAGUGAUGCCAAGCAGGAAAAUGAAGCCGUUCCAAGUAGGAUAUCAACAAUUAUGCGCAAAAGCGAUGAUCUGGAAAGUGGUUUGCGGGAUGAUGGUUUGGACAACAUGGAAGUUGAGGAGGGGUUAUUUGAUAAGCUGAGUUUGAGAAAAGGGGUGCGAAAGCUCUGCAGAUAUCCAGUGUUGCACCUAAGUAAACCACUUAAGAAAAGUGCGAGUGUUGGAAUUGUAAAUACCAGAAGAGGGGGAGAAGCCUGGGCAUGAAGAAAUCGCUACACUCACCGAGAUCUAUGAUUUUAUUUUCAUUGUCGAGAUUCUUGAUAAACGUUUGAAACAUUGAAGCAUUGUUUGAUAUCAAUAAUAAUGUAGGCGUAGAAAGAGUUGGGAGCUUGUAGAUUUUAGACUCCGUCUGAUGCCAACUGAAGAAUGUAGGUGUACGUACGUCUUGAGACUUCAUAGUGCCGCUGUCAGUCUAUGUAUAAUGUUCAAGGCAUUCUCUUAAGACUUUUGUAGCGUAAUCAGCUUGGUCACCACAGUCAAGGA